CGGGGGCGGCCCCCCCAGCGGCGGCGGCCCUUGGACCCGGGUCCGCGCCGAGCUGAGCCAUGGCGGCACCGGGGCAGAACGUGGCCGUGGUGGUUCACCGAGCCGGGGACCUGCGGCUGGAAAACCGUCCAAUCCCAGAACCAGGUCCCAAUGAGGUCCUGCUGCGCAUGCAUUCCGUUGGCAUCUGUGGCUCCGACGUUCACUACUGGCAGCAUGGUCGAAUUGGGGAUUUUGUUGUCAAGGAUCCCAUGGUGUUGGGCCAUGAAGCUUCCGGGACUGUCGUAAAAGUGGGCCCAGGGGUGACUCAUCUGAAACCAGGUGACCGUGUGGCCAUCGAGCCGGGUGUCCCAAGGGAAGUGGAUGAGUUCUGCAAAACCGGGCGCUACAACCUGUCCCCGACCAUCUUCUUCUGUGCCACACCGCCCGACGACGGGAACCUGUGCCACUACUACAAGCACAGUGCCAGCUACUGCUACAAGCUUCCAGAUAACGUCACCUUUGAGGAAGGAGCCCUUAUCGAGCCCCUCUCGGUGGGAAUCCAUGCCUGCAAAAGAGCGGGAGUCACCCUGGGAAGCAAAGUCUUCGUGUCUGGCUCUGGACCAAUUGGGCUCGUGAAUGUGAUUGUUGCUAAGAUGAUGGGUGCAGCAGCCGUGGUAGUUACAGACUUAUCUGCCACUCGCCUGCAAAAAGCCAAGGAGGUGGGGGCAGAUUUCACCAUUCAGGUGAAGAAUGAGACCCCGAAGGAGGUGGCCUCCAAAGUGGAAAGUGUGCUUGGCUGCAUGCCUGAGAUAACUGUGGAGUGCACAGGAGUGCAAACCUGUAUCCAGACUGGAAUUUAUGCCACUCGUUCUGGUGGGACCUUGGUGCUGGUGGGGCUGGGGCCUGAGAUGGUGACGGUGCCCAUUGUGAAUGCUGCCGUGCGGGAAGUGGAUAUCCGCGGGAUAUUCCGCUACUGCAACACGUGGCCUGUGGCCAUCGCUCUGCUCGCAUCCAAGCGGAUCAACAUCAAGCCCUUGGUUACGCACCGUUUUCCCCUGGAGAGGGCUCUAGAGGCCUUCGAGACCACCAAGAGGGGUGAGGGGGUCAAAGUCAUGCUGAAGUGUGACCCCACUGAUCAGGGCCCCUGAGCUGUCCCAGUGCCCAGCUCUCAUCCCUGCUGCUUGUAACUAGGAAAUCACAUGUAAUGAGGGUGAGUGGCCCUGGGAUACAGCAUUAGAGCAUUAACAGGUAACUACAAAUGGACAUCCAAUAGUUUGAAUCAAAAUGCUGAAUUAGAGAUGAUGGUUUGCACAGUUGGUGGCUGUUCUCUGCAGACCACACAUGCAGGAGAGCCUGGCCAGGUUCCUCUGUGCCCCGGAGGGUGUCAGCAGCAUGUGGCACAACCAGGAUGGAGGUGCUGGCACUCCCCCUUCCCACCCCGCACUGCCCUUGCUGCAGCAUUCCCUGCGUGGAUGCAAGAUAGCCCUAUGUGAAUAUCCCCCCUUCCCGUGGCACCUUCCCUUGUGCAUGCUCAGGGACUGUUCAGCCUGUGGAACAAAACCUGGCCAUCCCCACUCCACGGGAAGCACUGGCACAUUCAGGUCAUUCCCUCCAUGCUCUUCACAAAGCUCAGAACCUGGGGUUUAUGUGGAAGCUGGAGGCCAGCUGGGGCCACAUUUGCUGUGUCAUUCCCCAGCAGCUCGUGCGACCACUGCAGGCAGGAAAACUGGAACUGCUGAGAGCCCUGUCCUUAUGUGGCUCCCAUGAACGAGCUGUUGGGGAGCACAGCUGCUUUUGGUGUGGAGGGGAGCACAGGUGAGACAUGAGGGGACAGCAUCACUCAAAGGUUUUGCCACUGUAAACAAAUCAUUAUUAUUUGGGAAUAUCAAGCCUUCCUGCUGUUUGUGAGCCACAAAAAUGGUACUAACAAGGUAAAAAAAUCUAAUCUUUAAUUACUGUUUAAUUAAUGUUAAUUUUAGUACUGAAAGAUCAGUUCCUUCCUUGGGCUGAUACUGAACUUUCCUCAAUAAAUUCUGGCUACCUGA